GCUGGUAAGCCUGUGUUUUGGUUCGCUAUGGCCCGUACUAAGCAGACUGCUCGCAAGUCGACCGGCGGCAAGGCCCCGAGGAAGCAGCUGGCCACCAAGGCGGCCCGCAAGAGCGCGCCGGCCACGGGCGGGGUGAAGAAGCCGCACCGCUACCGGCCCGGCACCGUGGCCCUGCGGGAGAUCCGGCGCUACCAGAAGUCCACGGAGCUGCUGAUCCGCAAGCUGCCCUUCCAGCGGCUGGUACGCGAGAUCGCGCAGGACUUUAAGACGGACCUGCGCUUCCAGAGCUCGGCCGUGAUGGCGCUGCAGGAGGCCAGCGAGGCCUACCUGGUGGGGCUGUUCGAAGACACAAACCUGUGCGCCAUCCACGCCAAGCGCGUGACCAUUAUGCCCAAGGACAUCCAGCUGGCCCGCCGCAUCCGUGGAGAGCGGGCUUAAGAAGUGCGUGCGGUUCGGCCGGAGGUUCCAUCGUAUCCAAAA